AUGUCUGACGAAACGAACCAAUUAUCCGAACACGCUUUUAGCGUUACUACUUCCGGAACGUCCUCUUCGUUAGUCAAUGAUUCAAUCUCUGUCACUGCCGUCACAGUCUCAAAGCUUAACAACGAAACAUCUUCGCAAGAAGACUCUUCUGACAAACAAGGUCGCAAGAAGCAAAAUAAGCAAAACUCGAAAGGCUUACAGAAAAGCGACAGCAAAGACGCGAAAACCAACAAGCCUGUUGCCAUUUCCGAAGACAAUAACAGCAAUGACACAAAUGAUGAUAAGAAAAAAAAAGAGAAAAGACCAAGUAAAAAUCGUACAUUCUCUAGUGAAAGUUCAGAUCAAAUUAGGUUCAAAGAAACUGAAGUAUUGGACUUAACUGAUCCUAAGGGUCAACAUCAACGUCGCAAAUCAACUGCCAACGCCGCCGAAGUUUCCAACAAGAAUAAAAGUAACAAUAAUGGUAAUACAGAUAAAUCUGCAGCUGUUCAUCGCCGUGGUAAAUCAGUGGCAAAUGUAGGUGAACUUCAGAACUCUUCUUCGAGAGGAGCUGUAAAAUCUAGAGGGAGUAAAGAUGACUCUGAAAAUAAGUCAGAAGCUCUUGAAUCACUUCAGCAAAUCAUUGCUAGCCUUAAGAAUUUGCCUGCUCCCCCAAAGCCACAAAAACCUGAUAAGAAGGAAGGAGAAGAAUCACCAGCUGAUGCAGUUUCCAAACAUAAAAGGAAUGAGUCUAAUGUAUCUAAUAAUAAUGCUGCUAAGCGCUCAAGUGCAGCUGCCGCAAAACACAAAAAGGGUGCAUCCGUAUCUUUUUCUUUUCCUCUCACUACAUCUGUCACGACUUCAUUGAAAUCGAUUCAUGAUUCCGAAGAUGGUAAACCCAUCAUGGAUAUUGAAAAUGCUUUGCAAGACACAAUAUCUUCAUUGAGACGGAUGAGCCUUGAUAAGGGUAAGGCACAACAACAAAAGGAUAAUGAUGUCAAGAAAAAGGAUGAAGAUGAUGACAAGAAAAAUUCAAAUAACCGCAAAUCUCUAGAAGAAAUCAUGUCUUCUGAUAAGCAGAAAGAACCAGAGUCUCCGAGAUCUCCUUUUGAAUUCAAAAAACCUUUGGAAGACCAAUCUCAAAAUGCAGCCAAAAAAACUCAUCGACGUCAUCAAUCUCUUGGGCAUACAUUGUCUGCUGCUGCUUCCUCUAAUGCAACUUUAAAAGUACCACCUCCUAUUCAUCACCGAAGACAUAGUGUUGCACUUAAUGGAAGCAUGGAUGUUCUAAAGGAACUUGAAAAAAACCAAGGACGUCCUACAAGUCAAGAUGUCAAAGGGCAUCGUCGUAGCAAUUCCAGAAACUUUGACAGCAACUGGAGAGCAAAUGCAUCUCCUGUCACCGUUAUAAAUAAUCCACAAUUCCAACCUUUUUCCAUGACAAAAUUUGGGGCAUCUCUUCCUCAAUAUCUUAAGAACGGAGAACUUGUGUCUGGUGUUUUGAGAAUUAACAAAAGAAAUCGAUCUGACGCCUAUGUAACAACCGAAUCUUUGGAUGCAGAUAUUUAUAUUUGUGGCUCGAAAGAUAGAAAUCGCGCUUUAGAAGGCGAUGUUGUCGCUGUCGAACUUUUAGAUCCCGAGAAAAAGGUUGAUAAAAAGAAAGACGAUGUCGAAGUUGAAGGUCAGGGUUUGUUGCUUUUUGAAGAUGAUGAUAUAGUGACUGAUGAUCAAAGACCAAAAUAUUGUGGCCAUGUUGUUGCUGUUAUGGAACGAAUGCCAGGACAAUUAUUCUCUGGCACUUUAGCACUUUUAAGACCUUCAUCUACCGCGACAAAAGAAAGAGAAGCAGCAGAGAAAGCUCGCCGUGAAGCAGAAGAUAGAGCUGCAGGAAUAGAACCGAGAUAUGAGGAAGCAAAACAAGAUAAAAGAGACGACAGAAAUGAUCGUCCGAAAAUUGUUUGGUUUAAGCCGACUGAUAAACGCGUUCCUUUGAUUGCAAUCCCAACCGAGCAAGCUCCUGUUGAUUUUGUAGAGAAACAUCAAGCAUACGCACAGCAAUUAUUUGUCGCUUGCAUCAAGCGUUGGCCCAUUACAUCGCUUCAUCCAUUUGGUACAUUAGUUACUCAAAUUGGUGAAAUAGGUGGUAUUGAUGUUGAAACUGAAGCAUUGCUUAGAGAUAACAAUGUAUCAUCUGACGACUUUAAUGAAAACGUUACAAAAUGUCUUCCAUCUAUGCCUUGGAAUAUUCCUGAUAGAGAAUUUGAAUCACGGCUUGAUCUUCGCUCCAAUCGAAUAUUCACAAUUGAUCCUCUCGAUACUAAUGACAUUGACGAUGCUGUAUCUUGUACUCGUUUGCCUGAUGGAAAAUAUGAAAUAGGCGUGCACAUCGCAGAUGUUAGUUUCUUUGUAAAACCUAAUACUGCUCUUGAUCGUGACGCUCGUAAGAGAGCCACGAGUGUUUAUUUAGUACAAAAAUCAGUGCCUAUGUUACCUCCACUGCUUUCUGAACAAUUGUGCAGCUUAAAUCCUGGAGUUGAUAGGCUUGCUUUCUCUGUGAUUUGGAAAAUGAAUCCAGAUGGAAAAGUAUUAGAAACAUAUUAUGGAAGGACAAUUAUUCGACCUUGUACCAAAUUGUCAUAUGAUCAUGCCCAAGAGGUCAUUGAAGGAAAACCUUUGAAUCCAAAUGUCAAAAUCUAUAAUGAUUUUCCUGCCAAAGAGAUCGAAGCCGAUAUUAAAGCUUUAGCCCGACGCCUUCGAGAAAAUCGAUUUAGAAGAGGCGCUUUGUUUUUAAAUUCUACCAAACUUGGCUUUGAACUCGAUGAAAAUAAUGAACCAAUUGAAUGUCAUGUUAUAGAAAAGAAAGAUGCCAACCUUUUAAUAGAAGAAUUUAUGUUACUUGCUAAUAUGAGCGUUGCACAGAAAAUUUCCAGUGCUUUCCCCGAACAAGCGUUGCUAAGACGACAUGCAGCUCCUAUUGAACGUAGACUCAACGAUUUUGUUGAGCAUGCUAGUAGAUUGGGCUGUGAAAUUGAUUCAUCAUCUGCUGGUGCGUUGCAAAGAUCUUUUGACACUAUCGAGGAUGGCACUUAUUUCUGUACUGGCACUUUGGAUAUUGCCAAAUAUCAUCAUUAUGCCUUAAAUACACCAUUGUAUACACAUUUCACUUCCCCUAUACGGCGAUAUGCGGACGUUCUCGUUCAUCGCAUGCUUGAAUCGGCUUUGAAUGGCGAGAAAAGAUUCUAUCUAGACAAAGAUACCGUUCAAAAGACAGCUAAUCACUGCAAUGUAAAGAAAGAUGCGUCAAAGAAUGCUCAAGAACAAGGCAGUCACCUCUUUUUAUGUGUACUUCUCAACAAGUUAACGGUACAAACGGGUCCCGUCAUACGUGAAGCUGUUGUUGUUGGUGUAAAAGAUCACGCUUUCGAUGUCUUCGUUCGUGUUUUUGGUAUUGAGAAACGUGUCCAUUUAGACCAGCUACCCCUAGAAAAAUUUGAAUUUGAUAUGGUAUCAAAUGAAUUAACGCUCGUAUGGAAAGCUGGUGACGAACAUAGACUUUUUGAUGCUAGUUCUGAUAUCGGUGAAGACGAGGAUGACGAGAUUCCUACUUUAGAUGUCAACGACGGCUUAACUUCAGUUACUGAUGCUCCAAAUAAUAACAAUAAUAAUGCAACCUCAUCCAUUUAUUCAGUAUCUUCUCAUAUUUCUACUCCGCCGGUCGAAAACUAUACAACAGAAAACCCAAUGUCAAAUCAAAUCUCCCAACAACCUAAAUUUUCCAUUCCCUUCGUCAAAACUUCCGAAUUACCUCAUAUUUCUCUUAUUACAGAUCCUUCUAUUCCUAAUUCACAAAUAAUUCGAGAGUUGGGUCGACUUCAAGUAGUGGUUACGGCUGAUUGCAAGAAAAGUCCCCCUGUUAUCAAGGUUUUGGCUGUAAAUCCAUAUGCUGCACUUGAUAAAACUGGUUAG